CCCAAAACCCUCUCCACAGCCACUCCGUCUUCUUCACCCAAACCCCUUCUCUCUCUCUCUCUCUCUCUCUCUCUCUCUCUCAGAGACAGUUAAGCUCUGAGACGGUGCUGUGAGAAACUCGGAGAGACAUAGAGAAAUGGAAGGCAAAUCGUACCAGAGGCUACCGCGGGUCAAAAUCCGUGAAAUGCGCGACGACUACAUGAAGUUCGAGCUCCGCGACACCGACGCCAGCGUCGCCAACGCGCUCCGGCGAGUGAUGAUCGCCGAGGUCCCCACCGUCGCCAUCGACCUCGUCGAGAUCGAGAUCAACUCGUCCGUGCUUAACGACGAGUUCAUAGCCCACAGACUCGGCCUCAUCCCAUUGACAUCCGACCGAGCCAUGAGCAUGCGCUUCUCACGUGACUGCGACGCCUGCGACGGCGACGGCCAGUGCGAGUUCUGCUCCGUCGAGUUUCAUCUUCGCGCCAAGUGCCAUUCCGACCAAACCCUAGACGUCACUAGCAAGGACCUUCUCAGCUCUGACCACACCGUCGUCCCCGUCGAUUUCUCCGAUUCCGCCGGCAUGGAAUCUUCCGAACAAAAAGGGAUUAUCAUCGUGAAGUUGCGAAGGGGGCAAGAGCUGAGGCUAAGGGCCAUUGCCAGAAAGGGGAUUGGCAAAGAUCAUGCCAAGUGGUCACCUGCAGCCACUGUCACUUUCAUGUACGAACCCGAUAUUCGAAUCAAUGAGGAGUUGAUGGAUAUGUUGACUCUUGAUGAGAAGAAGGCUUGGGUUGAAAGUAGUCCUACCAAAGUCUUUGACUUUGAUCCUAAAACCGAGAAGGUUGGUUGUUUCUUACGUUUGUACUUCUUUUUAAUGGAUGUGAUAAUCUGAUUUUGUAAAGGUCAUUGCUUUAGAUGCUUGCUGUGUUGGUCUUACUAAGCAUGAGGACACAUUUAAUGGAAUAUUACUAAGUAAUCAAGUAUCUUGGUGCUUCUUAAGGGAAAUGUAAAUGUACUGCCUCUCCUCAGGGGUGACACUGAAUGUGUUUAAUUGGUACUUCAUCUUAUAGUACAUUUGUUUAUAGCAGUUUUUUUUAAUCUCAGGAGGGGUCUAGAGUUCACCUUUCCCCGAUUUGUAUUAAUAAUUGACUUUUACUCUAGUUAUCAGCCUUUUUAUUAGAUAGAUAGAAAUCUUGUAUUGUGUAUUAUCCUAAUGCUGCUUAACUUCUGGAAAUGGGGAAGCUCCCCAAUGAAGAGCCAAUCACCAAAAGGUUUUUGUCUUAAGUAGAUUGUAGACAGUAGUUAUACAAUAGCAUGAGGUAUAGAUGGGUAGAUGUUUACUACUUCUGUUAAAAUUGUGCGUCUGAAAGUUCUGUUUGUAGCAAGAUGUGGUUUCUAGGAGGGAAGUCACAGGUCAUGAUGGUAGGGGUAAUCGAGGCACUGUAGAAUGCAAGUGAUGAUUAUACUGGCAGUUACAGGGCUUGAUUUUGGACCUAGUUUUCAGGUUCUGGUUCAUGUCUCUAGAUUUUGCAGUCCUUUAUUGUAUCUCUGGUCAUUCCAUGAUAUUUGAAUUGCUGCAUAUUGAUUUAUGUGGAAUAUCUCAUCUGAAUACCAAAUAUGUUUUUAUUGGCUCCAUUAAAGGGAGUUCAUAAAAAUCCUAUUUAAAUGAAAGCUAUUCAUUCAAAUUUCAUAUGACAGCCAAAAAGUCUCUGAGUUGCCCAUCUUUCAGAUAAAUGAUGUUGUGUAUGUUUGAAUUAUAGUCACCAAUAGUAGAGGGAUUCUCUUGCAAGUGCUCUUUCCCUGAUGUGAUUGUAUCACCAUUGUUUCAAUUCUGUGUCAUAAUUCCUGAUGCCCUAUCUUAAUCUUCA